GAGCAAGCAAUCCUUCGACACACGGGCGAGCAGUUGACUAAAAAAAGAGAAGCACAGGAGCACGACCUCGGCGCACAAGAUAAGGAGGUGAGCGCUCUGCAUGGCAGAGUCGCUCCCGUGUCGGGGCGCCGGCAGGAGGCCCCACGGCGGCGGUGAGCCGCGGAGGAGAAGAAGGAGCGCCAGGGAGGGGGACGCUCCCGUGCUCCCAUUCUCCCCCCGUCUCGCUCUGCCAAGGAAGGAAGGGCAUGGCCCUGCGAGCGGACGCGACGAGGCUCGCGUCCUCCAGCCUCCGCCGCCGCCACGGCCACCUCCUGCCGGCAGCCGCCACCAGCUUCAGAUUCAAGCAGGUGCGCGAGGACGAGAAGAGCAAGCUGGUUGGAAACGGAGAAGAUGUUCAGGCGCGGCGCGGCGGGGGAGCAGCAGAGGUUCAGGCGCCGCGCGGCGGGCGGAGCAGGAGAAGUUCAGGGGAGGUGCCAGCGGAGCAGGAGAGGUUCAUGGGUGGUGGAGCAGGAGAGGUUCAUCGCCGGUGCCCUUGUCACCGAACGGCCAUCCUUGCUGCGCUUGAUGGAGGACAGAACGGGAAACAUUUUCUGGUGGGUACGCCGGCCACGGGCGCGCUUCGCUGUGACCUGUCCGCCGCCGCCAAUCCUCUCCGGCCUCCUCCGUAUCCUUAUCAAUCUCGGACGAGCUAUUCCCGUGUCGUGAUUUGGAUGGACAAUAGGAGGCCGUGUCCUUCUCGAACACCAAGCAAUGGAGUGCCCGACCCAGAUUUGAGUUGUUUGCUAUAAGAAGGAGCGGUCCUCGGCCAAAAUCUCCAUCAGAUUGCGUCCUUGGACCAUAAGCUCCAUCAAAGCCCGUCCAAAUUGCUUUUUUUGACGCAACGUGCAAUGUCGCCGUCGAGUUCGCCGGAGGAGGAAGUGCCGAGUUCGCCGGAGGAACAAGACCAUCUGUCCAACCGUCCAAUUUCGCAUGCCUCGGCUACACCAGAGGUGGCAAAGGCGUCCAAUCCAACUCAGGUGGAGGCCAAGGAGGUUCGGCUCUCGGACCUUGCACCAAUGAUGCUGGAUGAUACCGACGUGGAGACUGUAAGUUUCAUAUAUUUAGUCUGGGACGUUUCUUCCCCUUAUUUUGUCGUCAAAACUGAAAAGGAGUGAGGCUAAUUCGCCAAAUGUCGAUGUGUUCAUCAGCCUGUAUGCUCUCAAUCUCCUGGCAGAUGGAUAUCAUGGUUCUCUGACCUUCGAUCACUUUAUUCUACAUUUACAUGAUAUAUUGCUUCUAGCCGAUGAAAUUUGGUCCACAUUUAUGUGCGUAUAAUAGACUUGUGAUCACAGGACUGCUAGCUUAAAGUUUUUUAGAUUAUGUAAAUGGGUUAUUUAGUUGUCUGCUCUUGUAAGCUGAAGAAGGGAGGUCUAUUUAAGAUUAAGGGAGCUGACAGUUUUCAGGUACUUUCCUUUACACAAACAGGCUUGCCUUGGUCAUUCAAACAAAAAAAUUACCUCAAAAAGUUUCAGGCCAACAAAAGAUGUAGGGUCUUCUGAAGUUAGUAAUUAUAUAAAAUUUCACAUAUUUGGUAACAAAAGGACUGGCAUGCUUAGGUGUUUUGUAUAUUUUUCAGAGCAUGCUAAUAAUCUGACACAUCGUUCUCUUGAAACAGGUUGAUGUCGAGAUAGAUUUUGAACUGACAUCAAUCGACAUCGCCGUUCCUUUCGAUCCUUCUUGACUUUUGGACGUGGAGAAGCACUGCCGGGAAGCGGGUGCAUCAGUUCAUGGCGGCAUACGGCCAUUAGGACUUAUUGUCCUAACCUCUGACAACAUGGAGGAGCACACUGCUGUUCACUUCUGGGUUACAAGUCAGAGCAGAACUACAUGAUACUCAUGUGCUCUGAUCUAAGAAGUUCUUCAUUGAGACCAGGACUAUACACACCAGCCAAUGAAGGCUUCUUUGAAUUUGAUCUUGAAAAGGAAAAGAAGAUAUCUCUGAGAACUCUGAUUGAUCCGUCAGCGGUGGAGAGCUUCGACAGUGGCAGGGUCUGCAUCAUGGCCAGAGCUUAUACCGUAGCGGUUGUUGACAACGGGGCCCACAUGUAUGCCUUCAACAACGGCAGUACCACGGUCAGAGCACAUAAACAGGGGAAAAAUAACUGCUCAUUUCCUUGACCUCUAGGAUUCAUAUAUUAUAGUUUACUAUCAGCGUUAGUAAGGAAUUGUCAACGUUACCUCCCUGCCAAGUAUUGCAUAUUUAGUACGUGCAAGUCUGCUAAGGGGCCUCGAGUUAUGCUUACUUAUGAUGUUAAGUCUCUUUUUCUCCCGUUGCAACGCACGGGCCUUUUUGCUAGUCUAUCUUCAUAAACCAAAUAACUAUCCCUAAAAAACUAAAUCCAACAUCCGUUCCAAAAUGUGAUGCGUAUUAGAUUUUUCUAAUCAAACUUUGUAAACCUUGACCAUGCCUAUAAAAGAAUAUAAACAAAUAUCAUUGCAUUCAUCAUGGAAUAUAUAUUUAUAUAGUACUAUAUGUUUGGUAUUGUAGACAUCUAUAAUUUUCUUUAUAAAUUUGGUCAAAGGCUCCCGACUCACCCUUCCCCUCCCGUGCCGCCCCUGCGUGACGGCGGGGAAGGCUUCUGGCGCGGCCGCCCACGAGCCCCCUCCUCCCUCCUCCUCUCCCGCCGCCGCCAGAGGGCCUGGCCAGGCAAAGCUCGCCCGGGCCAACGGCGAUGGGGCCUUCUGGUUCCCCAGCGUGCAGAGGAGCGACGCGGGUCCUUCUCGCCGGGUGGGGCGCAGUGCGAGCACCGGGUGCCGCGGCACGACAUCGCACUGGCGCGUUGGGGUGGUGGUUGUGUUGCAGGCGGCACGGAUGGUGGUGGGUCGCGUAGGCCGAGACGCGGAGGCACGAAUCUGGCGAGUGGGGGUGCUCCUGCGCGAGGGUUGAAGGCGACGCGGCCUGACGUUCCUGGGCGUCCUGCGGUGUCUGCUGGCAGCGAGGUGACCGGCGCAGGGCAGCUUGGUAGCGGUGGUGGCGGUGCGUGUCGGUCGGAUGUGGUGUUUUCCACCGGGUGCCGCGGGUUGGGGCACCGGCCCGGUGUGGCUGUUGCUCCGGCCAUAGGCGGCGGCGAGGUGGCUCCGCUCUCUGGGAGUGGUGGCUUCCAUUCGUCGAGCGGGCAUCAUGGCAGCUCGGCGGGUCGGCUGGAUUUCUGGUAUCGGCUUGUUUGUAGGCGGCCCGUUUCGACCUUCGAUCCCUCAGCUCGUCAUUCGACCACUAUCUUUGUCGAAGGGUGUUGGCCCUCCCCCCAGCUGCGGUCCAUCACUCGUCUCACACCCGGCAGCAGGACCGAGCUCGACUCGCGCUUGGCAGCAGGACCGUGCUCGUCUCGGGCCCAGUGGCAUGACCAAGCUCGUCUCACGCCCGGUGCCGUAGGAUGGGUCGAUGGAGGCCAGUUUUCGUCAUCCCGGGUCUCGGCACUUGGGGCGCCCAGGGGUGUGAAAGGCGGGUCCUUUACACUCAUAUAUUUGGUUGGGGUAGCGGCGGGUCUCGGGUGAGGUGGUCUCAAGGUUUUGGAUGCCGGGGCGGCGACCUUGGUGGUGGUUCCGUGGUGCUUCAUGGGUAGAGCAUGUGGCUCGGUGCUGCCCGGUGGCCAUGGCUGUGUGGGCGACGUGGUCGCGGGGGUGUGGCGUUUGGUGGCAGUGAGUGUUGGUCGGGGUGAAAACUUGAUCUAUCUUCAGAUGGACCAGCGGCGGCGUAGCUCGCUCCCUUCUUGAGGGUGUCCUCGCGGCUCUCAUUGCCCGUCGUGUUCCUCCAGGGAAAACUUUGAUCCUCGGGUCGUGAGGUGGCGGCUCUCUGGUGUCGUAACCUUCAUGAAGAUGCUGCCUUGGAGUCCAUGGUUCGUCGUAUCUGACUUCAUCUCUUCGCGGUGGCGUGUUUAGGGUUGAGGACCCCAAUUGCUCUUGUAGUGCUAGGGGUGGUGUUGCUGCGCCCAGCGCCUAUGUAUCAUGCCUUGGGUGUGUGCGUGUGUUAUGGCGGCAUACGUUUGUACCGAAUUGUGGAUGAUCGUUGCUUUAUAUAUAAAGUGAGACAAAAACCUUUUUUGUAAUUUGGUCAAAGUUUCGAUUGACUUUUGCGAAAACUAAUGUGCACAAUAGCGUGAGAUCGGAUGUACUCUUUCGCACGUGGGAGUACAUCCAACUUCGAAAAUACAUCCAUCGGUUAACAAAAUGAGAAAUUAUCUGAAAGGUUAGUCAUUUGACUAACUCAAGCAUGUUGGUUGAGCUUAACCCUUACCCAUUCAGCAUUGAGGUUGUGCCUAGUAUGCAGAUUCAUUAUUCAUCAUUCUUCCUUUCGAAUUCAACACGAGUAUAUUCUGACGCCUCGUCACACCCAUCCAUAUAGAAGAUUUGGGCUAUGGUCUUGUGUGUGUGUUGGGGGACAAAAUUAUACACCACUUUGAAGUGUUGGGAGUUUUGAACACGAGAAGGUUAGUUGAUCUUUAAAUAGUCAAGAAAGUAUAAUGAAUAGUAAAUAUAGCAAAUUGCAUGGACGUAAGGGAGUGAGUAGGAGAAUGCAAACAUUGGUUGAGAGAUGAUAUUUUUCCGUGGUUCAGAUAGUUGGUGUUAUCCUACUCCAUGAAUAUGGGGGCUUUGACCACAAGGUUCUAAGAUCACAAUGAAUCUCAAUUGCAUCAUCCACCAAGUGCCCCACCAAGCGCAAUCAACCUAUUACAUCAUAGCUUGCACUUAGAAGCCUAGAGUAGAUCUUCACAAAGUGUCCAAUCUCUAGGCCAUUAUGAAACUCUUGCGUCCUUCACACAUAGAACUUGAUAGGAUCAUAAGUGACUCUUAACCAUUUUGGUCACCAUUCAAGAGUAAUAAUAAAAGCAAAGUCACUUGAUAAGAACGACCGAAUCUUCAAUCAAAAGGUUCUAUCAAGAAUCCAUAGGAACACUCUCUCGCAAAU